AUGGCUCCCCACGCUUCCACUGGCUCUUUCUCGGAAUCCGAGUACACAGUCCCCGUCUUCGCCAAGAAGCAAGUUGCCUCCUCCCCUGAUGCAACCCUCACCAAGCCCGUCACCGACAUGAUGGGCAACUGGGACACCUUCACCUUCGCCCCCAUCCGCGAAUCCCAGGUCUCCCGCGCCAUGACCCGCCGCUACUUCGCCGACCUCGACGCCUACGCCGAAUCCGACAUCGUCAUCAUUGGCGCCGGAUCCUGCGGCCUCUCCGCCGCCUACACCCUCGGCACCCUCCGCCCGGACCUGCGCAUCGCCAUCAUCGAGGCCGGUGUUGCUCCGGGAGGCGGUGCCUGGUUGGGCGGCCAGCUCUUCUCAGCCAUGAUUAUGCGGAAGCCCGCUGAUGUCUUUUUGGCCGAGCUGGGUGUUCCGUUUGAGGAUGAGGGCGAUUAUGUUGUUGUGAAGCAUGCGGCGCUUUUCACUUCGACGGUGUUGAGCAAGGUGCUUGCGUUGCCGAAUGUCAAGCUUUUUAAUGCUACGGCUGUGGAGGAUUUGAUUACGAGGCCCGAGGAGGAUGGCGUGAGGAUUGCGGGUGUCGUUACCAAUUGGACUUUGGUUUCCAUGCAUCAUGAUGACCAGAGCUGCAUGGAUCCGAACACGAUUAACGCGCCUGUUGUAAUUUCUACCACUGGUCAUGAUGGCCCCAUGGGCGCAUUCUCCGUCAAGCGCCUCGUCAGCAUGCAGCGCGUCGAAAAGCUCGGCGGCAUGCGCGGUCUUGACAUGGCUCGCGCCGAGGAUGCCAUCGUCAAGGGCACUCGUGAGAUUGUCCCCGGUUUGAUUGUCGGAGGCAUGGAGCUCUCCGAGAUGGACGGCUCGAACCGCAUGGGUCCUACCUUUGGUGCUAUGGCUUUGAGCGGUGUCAAGGCUGCCGAGGAGGCUCUCAAGGUGUUUGACCUUCGCAAGAAGCAGAACCGCGUCUAG